AAGACCUUUUGAAAGUUAAACAACUUCAAUUUCAUCAUCAAUGGAGAUCAGAGAAUGGUUAACCACCGACGAGACGGCGGAAACCUACUUAUCUAGGGUUUCUACCACACGUCUUCCGCUUUUACUUCCGCCGCUUCACCGCCUCCCUCUCCGCCCUGGCAACGUCGUCGAAAUCGUCGGCCCUUCUCCCUCCGGGAAGACACAUAUCCUUCUUCAGGUUGCAAUUAAUUGUAUUUUGCCGAAAGAGUGGAAGGGCGUGAGUUAUGGAGGGCUUGAGCAAUCGGUGAUGUUCAUUGAUUUGGAUUGUCGGUUCGAUAUUUUACGGCUUCUUCAGCUUCUUAAGCUUCGGAUUUACAGUGUUUGUCAAUUAUGUGCAGAAGUGAGUAAUGAUCUAGGUGACGCUGGAAAUUGGACCUGUGAUGAGGAACUAAUCCACAAAUGUUUGGAACGCUUCCUAUAUGUUCGUUGUUAUGAUAGUUUAGAGUUUCUUGCUACACUGAAGACUUUAAGUUAUCAACUUCAGACAAGAAAGGAGUUUGCUUCAAAAGUCUAUUUCAUGAUGAUUGACAGUAUAGGAGCUUACUACUGGGUUGACCGUGCUUCAACAUCCAUGCCUCUUGGGUCAAACAAUAGGAAAAUCUUUUCUCUUCAAAGUGUGACAGAAGCUGUAGUCCGUGAGAUUAAAAAAUUUCUUCGGGUGCAACCAAUGCUUGUUUUGGCUACUAAAGCUACAGUUUUUGCUGACAAGUCUGUACCCAACGACAUCAAAAGGCCAUUCAGAAAGUGGUCUUCAGAAGAUGCAGCUGGUCAACACACUAUGGAAAGCAGUCCUGAAAAUGCAUUGCACCGUGAAUAUAUGCCUCUUGCCUGGCAGUCCUUUGUUACGCACAGGAUAUCUGUUCGGCCAUCAAGUCAAGAAUACCGUGCCAGUAAUUGCACAACUGAUGAGCAAGUUUACUUGGGGCAAUGGUUACUGCCGUCUUUAGGCUUCAAAGACAAGUUUGUAAUCAGAGAUGUUGGCAUAAUAGCUGUUCCUUGAUAGAGAUAUACAAUGUCCAAGUUGUGGAUGUUUCUGAAAGACCUCAUGGUGAUGAUGCAAUUUCGCAACUGGUAACUACAGUCUUGGAAAGUAACGUUUUUGGACAUCUAGCUCCUGGUAUGACAUGCAACUUUUCCAGGUACCAGGGACUGUUGUGCAGACUCGACCUGUCUUUGCUUGACCUUGGGCUUUAGGCAAAUUGAGUACGUCAAGAAAAGCAGGAUUAUCAAAACUCGUCAUAGAAAGAUGCAAAUAUAUGUAUUAACUGUAAAGUUGUUGAAUACUGAGCAGAUAUUUUGUAAAUUGCAAUCCUGUUGGUGUAUAAUUUUGUGUAAAUUUAGACAUUUUGGCCUACUAGGAUAAAGAGACUAAAAAUGAAAUUGUAUUACCAAGGAAUUGGCAGCUUUUGAAGCAAUGUGAAGUGAAUAUUUUCGGAGGAUCAGAAA